CUUCUCUCUCUCUCUCUCUCUCUCUCUCUCUCUCAUAAUCAUCUUCCUCCUCCUCCUCUGAAGACGAACUCUCUCGGCCUGAACAAUCUCCAUCUAGAGAGAGAGAAUGGGAAGGCUAAGCUACGACCCACAAAUCCAACACUUCAGCCACCCCCACACCUUGCAACUCUCGAACCACCACCACCACCAACUACCAACUUCUCUCUCCGUCUGCUCAGCUUGCCACCACCCGCUCUCCUCAGGUGGCGCGUGGAUCUACUCGUGCCCGCCCUGCGGCUUCGCCCUCCACGCGUCCUGCGCCCAGUUGCCCCCUCUCAUCACCCACCCUUCCCACCCCAAACACCCCCUCUCCCUCCUCCCCUCCCCCGCCUACCCCGGCGGCUCCUUCGACUGCGACGCCUGCAGCCGCCGCGCCCGCGGUGGCUUCAGCUACCACUGCGCCGAGUGCCACUUCGACCUCCACGUCGGGUGCGCGUCCAAGCCCCUCUCCGUCACACACCACCUCCACCCCCACGCCCUCGGCCUUGUGUUCUAUCCGCCGUAUACGGCACGCGGGUUCUCAUGCGACGUUUGCCGUGGCCACGGGGCGUACCAUUGGCUCUACCGCUGCGGCAUGUGCGAGUUCGAUGCGCACUUGGACUGCGCCACAGGUACAGCCACACAACCAUCACCGCCACGGCCACAGCCGCAGCAGCUGCACUACAACUCAUGUCCAGGAGCAAUCAAUAGCCAUCUGCAUCAAUACCCUAACCAGACCGCACCCGCCAUCACGGGACCCACUACUCAACCGGGGCCGCCUAACCACAUCAUGCACAGUUAUAGCAUGGGAGCGGUACCCAACUCUCAGCCGCCACCCGCGGCAGCCGGAGGAAACAAAACUCUGAUGGGUUUGGCGAGUCAGACCUUCGUCAAUAGCGCUGCUGAUCAGGUGGCACAGACCCUCGUGCAGGAGAUGCUGAGUGGCAUUAGCGGCGGGAACGUUAACGGUGACACUGGCUCCAGCUAUGGCGGCGACGGUGGAGGAGGGGAUUUUUCUUCUACAUCUAUUAUGGGCGUCGGAUCAUCAAUCUUGAGCACCGUGCUCGGAGGGUCUUCAGAUUCUUAGGAUCAGUAAAAAUUCAAAUCCAAGGUCACGACUCAGCUAAUCGAAUACAAUGAAAACCAGAAACCAGACAGAACCGCAACGUUUUAAGCUUAUAUGGUCGCGUUAUCGAGUGCACGUACCUGAUGGAUUGAAUUUGCAGUUUCUUUUGGUCAAUGUCAACGUUUUGUGUUUCAGAUUAAAGCUCAGCUUCCCCUCUCGCCCGAGGUCCGCCAUUGAUGCUAAUGCUAGCUGUGCGAGCCAGUGAUGCGUGUGCAUGGUUGGAGGCUGAAUUAGUCAACGGCUUGAAGAAGUCGCAGUUUGUAACAAUGCAAGGAAAGAAGAGACAUGGUAAAGGAAAAAGUCAACUACUUCGA